CUUCAACACUUCCUCCUCCUACUCCAUCACCCUCCCGCUCCACACCCCUUGAUCCCUCCGCUUCGUAGCUCUGUAUAGCGUACAAGCUCGCGGAAAGACUACGACCCCUACACGCCUCGUUCGUGACUCGAACACGGCCUAUACCACACGAAAGCAGGCUUGCGUUCCGCUCUUCUUUCCGGUCCGGCACCGCGACUAGCUAGUCUACUUGACGAGCGCAAAAGAUGGACGAGUUUGGAGGAAUGGGAGGGUCUGCCCCUCCUGAGGAGGACUUCUCACGGAUCCCGGUAGAGGAAAGACUGGCUCAUAAGAAUUGGAAAGCUCGGUCCUCCGCCUACGAGGAGCUCUCCAAGAAGUUCUCGACCACUGCCUACGAUAGCGACCCAGCCUUCCGACCCUAUACGCGCAAUCCAGAUCUACUCAAGGGAAUGCUCACAGAUGCAAAUGCAGUGGCUCAGGAGAAGGGAGUUGGGGCAGUGGUGGAGUUUGUCAAAUACGGCGGGAAGGCAGCUGGGAGCACUCGAGAGGCAGUGUUUCCUGCUGUCACCGAGAAAUGCCUCGGCUCUACAAGAGCUGGUACUAAGAAGGCUGCUCUGGAGCUUGCGUUGCUCUAUGCUGAGAACGAAGAUGUGAUGGGGUGCGAAGGCCUAGUGAACGACAUCCUUCCUGGUCUGUCAGCGAAGCAGCCCAAGCUCGUAGCUGCCUCGGUCACCGCCCUCGCUCAGCUCAUCAAAGAGUUCGGACCCAAGCAAGUCCGCCCGAAUCCGAUCAUGAAGAAGCUCCCCGACAUCUUCGCUCACUCCGACAAGACUGUACGAGCGGAAGCAUCUAUUCUCUCCCAAGAGCUUCAUCGCUACAUUGGCGCAGCUCUCACACCAACGAUUGAUUCACUCAAAGACAUCCAGGCCAAGGAGCUCAGGGCGCAAUUUGAGGAGAUCGACAGGACGAGCGAAGGCAAGCCUGUACCUCCGCGGAGUCUUCUCUCGCAGAGAGCUGCAGUGGAGGCAGCAGCAGCGGGCCCAUCGACAAGCUCUGGUGGCUCGAAAGCGCCAGGCGGCGCAUCUACGGCUGCAGAGGAUGCAGGGGAAUUUGAUCCCUACGAGCUUGCAGAAGCAGUGGAUCCAUUUGCUGCAAAGGCCUGGCCUCAGGACUUUGAUGAAGCAGUCAGAUCCAGUAAAUGGGCGGAGCGCAAGGACGCACUCGAGGCAGCCAAGGGAGUACUCAGCAGCAACAUCAAACUUCAGAGCACGCCCGCCUUCGACCCCUUCAUAGACGCUUGUCUAGAGCGGAUAAGGAAAGACGUCACUAUCCAUGUGUGGCUGAUGGCCUGCCAGUGUCUAGAGGCUGCUGCAAAGGGGCUGAGGGGGAGCUUCGCAAAGUAUCGAGAACAGGCAAUGCCGCUGCUUCUGGAGAAGCUGAAGGAGAAGAAGCCCGCUGCAGUCGAAGCCAUCAGUGGUGCAUUGGACGCGAUCUUCCAGACUGUGACUGUUAGCGAUGUCUUAGGAGACAUCCUCACCGCUACGAAGCACAAGAAUCCGGCAGUCAAGACAGAGUCCAUCCGGUUCCUUGUGCGCUGUCUUCGUACAACAGUGAAGCCGCCAGCGAAGGCUGACAUCAAGCCCGUCGCUGACGCGCUGGUGGCGGCUUGCUCUGACAGCUCGGGUGACGUACGAGACGCAGGACUCACAGGUCUGGGUACAUUGAUGAAGCUCAUCGGAGAGCGGCCAAUGAACCCCUACCUUGAGGAGCUGGACGACAUCAAGAAAGCUAGGGUACAAGAAGAAUUCAGCACUGCUCAGGUGAAGGUGAGGAUGGGUGGCGCCGCUCCGCCAGCCGCUCGCCCAGCCGCUGCUGCUCCAAGUGCCAAGCCUGUAGCCUCCAAGCCAGCUCCUCGAGUGGUUGCAAAGGCUCCCACCGCUGAGAAGGAGAAUGCUCCUCCGAUGGGGCUGGCAACGCCGGCUAAAUCUGCUGCUGCACCUCGGCCUCAGCCUCGGCCUGUCGCACGACCAGCAGCUCCGCCGACCUCAGCCGCCAGUAGACCUGCAGCCCUAGCCGCGAAAGCAGGAGCCAGCAAAGCUGCUGGUCCUUCGCGAGGCGUCGCAGGAGCACCAUCUGUCAACGAGCCAGUCAAGUUCCGGUUCAUGCCGGAAGAAGCCGAAGCAAAGGCCGCUCAACUUAUCCCUGCUGAGUUCACAGCCCAAUUGGCUGAUUCGAAUUGGAAGGAGAGGCUAGCAGGCAUUCAGGCCUUUGCGGCAUGGCUGGAUCGUGAAGCCGAGACAAUCGAGUCGGAGGUCAUCGUGAGGGCAUUGAGCAAGAAGCCAGGCUGGAAGGAGAGCAAUUUCCAGGUCGCAGCAGAGGUCUUCAAGGUCUUCCGCUUGCUUGCAGAGCAAUGCCCAACUUUCGGACGCGCCAGUGUUGCACUCACUGUACAACCUCUGGUAGACAAGCUUGGUGACAUCAAGCUCAAAGCUCCCGCAAACGAGACCCUGGGCGCCUAUUCUGAGAAGACGUCCUUCGGCUUCGUUCUCAAGCAGGCUCUUGGCCCUCUCGCUGCUCUGAAAGCUCCCAAGUCCAUUGCAGACUCUCUGACUUGGAUCGACACAGCUCUCCUAGAGUUUGGUCUGCAGGGCGUUGAUGUCAAAUCGUUAGUUGACCACCUGCUGGUAUGCCUCAAGUCCGCCAAUGCGGCUGUGAGGAACAAUGCCACGACCACGAUGGGUACCUUGGCUCGCUUCUUGGGCGUAGCGCUGAACACCUUCAUUGCGGACCUCAAUCCUCAACUGAAGACGACGAUUGAAGCCGAGAUCGGAAAAGCUGCAAGCAAUCCUCCACCACCGCCCACAAGGUUCAGCGCCGAGUUGAGACCAGUUGGAGGCGCUGCUGAUGACGUGGCAAUGAGCGGCGCCGAUGCCGCUGCUGAUGAGGAGGAUGCUUUGGAUGCUCUCAUUCCCAGGGUGGAUGUAGACAAGCUCUUGCCGUCUUCGGCCAUUGCCAGCAUGGGCGAUGCAAGCUGGAAGAUCCGCAAAGAGUCUCUUGAGGAAAUUCAGUCCAUCCUGGAGGCCAACACUCGUCUCAAGGGUACUUUAAGCGAUGUCACGCCGGCACUGAAACUUCGCUUUACGGACGCGAACGUCCAAUGCAAGACUCUGGCGCUUGAUAUUACUCUCAAGCUUGCAAAAGGUCUCGGCAAGGCAUUCGAACCGCAGACUAAGUCUUACACGGUGCCCGUGACCGGCUGUCUAUCAGAUGCGAAGGUUCCUGUGCGCCAGGCGGCUCUCGCAACGCUUACCACAAUUGCCGACGCUGUAGGUCCAGCUGCGAUGAUCAGUGGGUUUGCAAAUGCCCUUGAAAGUAAGGGUGCAAACCCUACGAUGAAGCAGGACCUCUUCACAUGGCUGUCAGAGAGGUUCGAAGCCAGUCCUCCGGACAAGUCGUAUGACUUGGCUCCCUUGGCUAUGCCUGCAGUGCAGUGUCUCGACGAUAAGCUGGCAGCUGUGAAGAAGGCCGCUCAGGCGACUUUGCCCUACAUUAUUCAACGAGCAGGCUACAAGUUUGUCGCAAGUCAAGCUGACGGUAUGAAGGUUGCCUCGAAGAACACUGUACAGCCCCUCAUCGAGCAGGCACGGGCUGCCGCUAGCGCUUUGGGACCCGCAAAGACAGCUGCUGCUCCCGCCGCUGCUCCGAUCAGCAGGGCGACUGUGCCUGGUGUGAAGAGAGUGGCCGCCUCGGCUGCUCCUGCCAGGCCCUCAUCUCCUGCAGCCCGAGCAAUGUCACCUGCCCCAGCUUCUCCUCGCGCCAACCCUUCGGCUGCCAGUCGAUCCGUCUCCGGCAUGCGUCCUCCGUCAGCUGCUACACGGCUCCUUCAACCCACAAGUGCGCCUCGCAGCGCUGCUGCACCGCCCUCUGGUCUCUCCAAGCCUGGCUUCAGCUCUCGUUUGGGUGCUGCCAAGAAAGCCGUUAUGGUGCCCGCCUCUGGCGCGACUUCGAGUUCGUAUGCCAGCGGUAGUGCUGGCGGUAUCCCCUUCUUGACUUCUGAUCCCAAGUUCAAGGCGAUCCGCGAGAGGAAAGACAACAGAGGCCAAUACUGGAUCAGUGCUGAGGGGACACCACGUCCUGAUCUCGUGGAGGUCCUACGGGCGCAGUGCGAAGGGCAACUCGGAGCUACCCUAAUCGAUCAGAUGUUCAGCAAGGAUCACAAUGCGGAGCGGGACUACCUCUCUGCCCUGGCACUCUUGUCCGAUUUUAUCUCAUCGCCUACCUUCGCCGAGGAAGAGCAUGGAGUCGCGCCUGCUCAAGCAGUGGCCAUGGUCGUCGCCAACAGCGACUUGAUCUUCAAGUAUAUCGCUAUUCGCCUCACGGACAACAACACGAGCAUCUCGCUCAAGUGCUUCGAUGUGCUCUUGCAGCUGAUGGAUCUUCUCCGAGCAGAGCAAUACAGGAUGGGAGACUACGAGGCCAACUCCAUUCUGCCAUGUCUGAUUGCGAAGUUUGGCGAUGCAAAGAUCGCGUUCCGAGAUCGCAUUCGAGACGCCUUCCGAAAGGUGACCUUCGUCUUCCCACCUAGCAAGCUGAUGACGCAAUAUUUGGACAAUGGUCUGCCUUCGAAGAAUGCACGCACAAGGUCCGAGUGCCUCGCGGAGCUGGGCUAUCUCUUCUCGAAGAAUGGAUUGCAGGUCUGCACGCCCUCGAAGACGCUGCCCGUCAUCGCGAAGCAGAUUUCAGACCGUGACACCAAUGUCCGUACCGCGGCUCUGCUGGCCCUCGGCGAGUGCUACAAGAUCGUAGGUGACGAUGUCUGGGCUUUGGUCGGCAAGCUGCCAGAGAAAGAGCUGUCCCUCCUCGAGGAGAGGCUGAAGAGGACUACCGUGUCUCGCUCGGGAGCUGCGACGCCCGCUUCGCCCCGGCCAAGUGUCACACCUCCGACGAAUGGUAAACCUGCGUCCGGGAUCCCUGGGAUGAAGUCACGGCUACCAAGCGCUACGAGUGGAAUUGCCCGCACCAUCCCUAGACCUUCCGCUGUUGCUACAAGCGUAGCCAGCCCGCCUGCUUCGCCUGCCCCGCAAAGGACGUUCUCGUCACGGAGCGAAAGCGCUCCUGAAGAGGUCCUUCCGACCGAUGACGUGGACCCAGAGCGCGAUGAUAGUCGUGAAGAGUACGAGGAUGGUCCUGACUUUGAGCAGACGAUCAACGAGAUCCUCAGCUCGGAGCCAGAGCGCAGCACGAUCGCUCUCAAAGCCAUCCACAACGAAAUGCAGGAGGAUGCUCGGCCCUUUGCUGCGCAUGCCGACCUACUGGCCAAUGUGCUAGCCAAGCAAUACUCACGGGCUUUCAAGGAUGUGCAACGAAGCGAGGUAGAAGAUGCGGCCUACACUCGACUAAAGAAGUACCUCAUCCAAGUCUCGUCUAGCCUCUUCGACGCUAAGAUGAAGUCUGAGGAUGGACACACGCUGGCUAGCUACAUCCAGAAGCAGGCUCUGGCUGCCCUGAUGACACAGAUGCUCCAACGCCUCAUUGACUCCUCUCACAGGUCGAAGGAAGACGAGGAAGCUCGUACCUAUGCCACGUACCUCAACAAGAUUGUCAUCCGUUGCUUUGGCUCUUGCAAUUUGAACGUCCUCUACUCGACGAGCUUUGCGAUGCUCACUGACGCAAGUGAGGACCUGAGGGAGCUCAGCGGCCCAAUGCUCAAGACGAGGGCCGACUUUGCAGAACUCAUCAUCAAGUGUCUGUGGAAGGUGGGGAGACGGCUGCCCGUCAGUCUGGCCGAAGAAGGCAUUGUUGAUCCCGCCCAGCUCAUGGCGGACAUGGAAGCUGUGCUGCAGCGCAUCCCGCCUACUGAGUGGAAGGCUAGACAUCAAGACGGGAUCCCUUUGUCGGAUCUGCCCUACCGGACGAUCAAGGUCAAUCUCUCGCAUCUGGUGCAGCGCUACGGGGAAGAAGUGCUGUCCCACUUGGACCAAUUGGAGAACCCAGAAGACACCUACAUCUACGGUCACCUUGUGCGGAUGCUCAAUCAGACCGACGGAGGCGGCAACGAUGGAGCCAACGAUGAGCUCGUUGACUCGGACGCUGCCGCCAACAGCAAGUCAUCCGCAUCUCUCGGCGCAGCAAGUCGCGCAGCCUCUGCCAACCACCUCAACGGUUCCUCCUCCAGCGGCUCCGCCUCUGCUCUUCCUUCUCAGGGGUCCCAAGACCUCGCCGACUCGGGCAUCAAUGCCGAGCUAAAGGACAUCUUUGAGCGCAUCUCCCAAAAAGAAAAGAGUCGCAAAGCCAUAAAGGACCUGUAUGAAUUCCAGAAGCGAUAUCCACACAAGGCCAAUUCGAUUGAAAGGAGUCUGCAGAGCACGGGACCCAUCUUCCAGAGGUACAUCAAGCGCGCGCUGGCCAAUCACGCUGCUGAGGAUGAAGGCGCGGAGCAGGCUGGUGAGGCUGGCAGUGGUAGCGCAAGUGCUAGUGCUAGUGCGCGUGGCACACCGAAUGGAGAGGAGCAUCAUGUCGAAGGCAACGGGGAAGCAGCGGCGGGAGCUGGGCUCAGUCGUCCCACUUCGACAACUGGCGAGGACAGCGCAACGGGUACCCCACGCAGGCCGUCCAGUCAUCUUCGUCAAACCUCCAGCAGCUAUGCGAAUGGCAGUGGUAGUACUCACGGCGCCAAUGCCAGCAUGAGCGGCACUGGAACCGGAGCGUCAGCGGGGGCCACGGAUGAUCGACUGGCACAAUUGAGGGCGAAGUUCUACAAUCGGACGCCCAGCAGUCCUUCUACCUCUGGGUCGGUUGCAGCCGCAGCAGGAGAGGCUACGACGACCGGCGUCGCCCCAAGCACGCCGGGUGGAGCGGCGAAUAUUAGUGAUGUUGAUUGAGAGAUGGAGAGCGGGAGGGAGGAGCUUCCACUCUACUGUCUUGUGCACUCGGUUUUUUUUUGUUCCCCCCUCACCCCUGCCUCUUCCUUUUUUCUUAUUCGUCUUCUUUUCCACUGUUAGUCUACUUCUCUGUUCCUUUCGCUUUUUUCUUUGUCAAUGUCAUCGUAUGAUCUCAGUCUUAUUCUCAC